AUGGACCUGAUUGUGGAGAAGCUGCAGGACGUGCUGAAGCCGGUGCAGCGGGACGCGGAGCGGGAGCUGCACCAGCUGCUUACCACUGCCCGCAGGCCCGAGAAGAAGCAGACCACCAGGAAGGGCAGUGACCUCACCCAGGGCGUCAAGGAAGAUGGGAUCCCCGUGCCCCAGAAGGUGCUUUUCCCCAUGGAACACAUCACCAUGAAGUGGGAGAUGGUCCACCGGAUCGGCGCUGGGCUGCAGAACCUGGGGAAUACCUGUUUCCUGAACUCCACCAUCCAGUGCCUGACUUACACGCCGCCGCUCGCCAACUACCUGCUCUCCAAGGAGCACAGCCGCACUUGUCACCAAGGAGGCUUUUGCAUGAUGUGCAUUAUGCAGAACCACACGAUCCAGGCUUUUUCCAACAGCGGCAACGUAAUAAAGCCGAUGGCCUUCAUCCGAGACCUCAAAAACAUCGCCCAGCACAUCCACUUUGGCCAGCAGGAGGAUGCGCACGAGUUUCUGCGUUAUACCAUCGAUGCCAUGCAGAAGUCCUGCCUCAAUGGCUAUACCAAGUUGGAUCGCCAGACCCAGGCCACAACGCUGAUCCACCAGAUCUUUGGCGGUUACCUGCGGUCCCGCGGUGAGUGCCGGCUGCCGGGUCACGGUUGCUCAGGGCCACUGUCCUGGGAACCUUUUGGGAAUAUUGCUGAGCGUGUCCAACAAGUCCCGAAUAUCACGAAGGCGCUGGGUCUGUUUGUGAAGCCGGAGGUGCUGGGCGGGGACAAUGCCUACAUGUGUGACAAAUGCAAGAAGAAAGUGUCAGCCAGAAAAUACUUCACCAUCCACCGGGCCUCCAACGUGCUCACGCUCUCCCUGAAGCGCUUUGCCAGCUACAGAGGAGGCAAAAUCACAAAGGACGUGGGGUACCCCGAGUUCUUGGACAUCCGCCCUUACAUGUCAUACAACAAGGGAAAACCGGUCAUGUACGAGCUCUACGCGGUGCUGGUGCACUCUGGGUACAGCUGCCACGCCGGCCACUACUACUGCUACGUGAAGGCCAGCAACGGGCAGUGGUAUCAGAUGAAUGACGACGUGGUGCGCUGCAGCAACAUCAAAGUGGUCCUCAACCAGCAGGCCUACCUGCUCUUCUACGUCAGGAUCUCUGGCCCCAAGAAGGGCUCGGAGGGGCCCACUGCCAAAGCCUCCGCCAAAGUGCCUGGCCGCGCUGGCGGCAUCCCCAGUCAGGGCAAGAAAACUACACCAGGCUUGCUGCUGGGGAAGAGGCAUCACAGGCUGGAGGAGGUGGGUGUCCCUGUGGCCCGCAGCACAUUCACGCUUGGGACAAAGCUGUCCAACGGCAACACGACCCCGCUGAAGCUGCCCGCUGGGCCCCUGGGACCCAAAUUAGCCCGCAAAGCCACCCACGCGGCCACAGCGCCCGGUGCUGCAGUCCAGAAGCCCAAGAAGUCGAUCUCCUUCCCACAGCAGUCUCCUGGACUCAAAACGAAGUGCCACACCAGCAGUGCAAGAUGGGCCAAAGCGGAGCUGCCCCGGCGGAAACCCCGGGAGCAUAAGAAGUCACUUGCCUCGCGCAAGCUGGUAGAUGCUGGGCCUGGAGACACUGCUGAUGCUGCCAGAGAUGCCACCGCUGCCACCGGAGAUGCCGGGCCGGGAGAUGCUGGACUAGACGCUGCCAGAGACAGCAGGCUGGCAAAACUGAAACCCUCCAAGUUGGCCAGAGCCGCUCCGGAGCCGAACACCACGACCCCGGCCCCGGCCAAGAAGCUGGCACUCUCUGCCACAAAGGACUGCAACCCGCAGAAGGAGAAGAGCAACCGCCACGCAAGGCCCCACCGAAAGCUCGCCGGUCACACCAAGUCCAGCUCCACUCACGGCAAGUCACGGCUGUCCUCAUCUGCCCUCGAACUGGCGCAUCCUAGAAAGCCUGUCGGCAUCUCCACCUCAGCUCCCCAGCUCCCAGCCGUCCCACUGACCAACGGUUCCCCUGCCCGCCCGUCGCACCCCAGAAGCAUGGAGAAGGGGCCCAGCUGUGUCACCUCCAUUUCCUCCAAGAAGAGGCGGCAAAAGCACGAACGCUCUGGCACCGCUAAGAGGCAGUGGCUCGCGCUGGAGAACUUCCGGGCCCACACAGAUAAGGCAGCAGGUGACGGUCCCAGCAGUGGCCAGUGGGGGAUGGGCUGUCAGGACCUGCAGAGCUCGCCCAAGCAAGCGUCGGCCAGCAGAACUACCCUGGGCACGAAGCCCCUUGCCCCUCUCAAGAAGAAGAAGAGGAAAAGCGAGGAGAUGGAGCGCGGCUCUGGGACACAGACCACGGGCAGCUCCAGGAGGGUUGACAAGGAGCCGAAGAAGUGGCGGGGCGCGGAGGCCGCAGACCGCAAGCACCGCAAGCGCCCGAAGAGGGAAAGCCACAGCAGAUCAGUCCCGAAACAGCCGGCUGUCAACGGCAUCCACACUGCAGACGGCACCCGAG